AUGAAGGGUGUUAGCUCCUCUUUUAACUUUAAUUUUGCAGAAAGAGACGUCCAAUUAUUAAAUGAAAUGGAAUUUCAUAACUCUGAAGAAAGUGAAGACUUUUCUGAUUAUAAUUAUGACGCAAAAGAAUAUAUUAAAGCACAAACAGAGCUUGAACAAGAAAUUAUAGUUAGUGACGAAAAUGAUGAUUAUCAAGAUGAUAUUGAAGAUACAGAAAUUCUAGCUUCACCAUCACCGUCAUCACCGUCACCACUACUACCUUCACUAAUAUCAACAAAUAUUUUACCUUCACCAAUACUAAUAGGAAUUUCACUUCCAUCAAUACCAACAAAAACUUCACCUCCAAUACCUAUCGAAAAACAAAUAAAUGGUAAAUUACAAACUUGCAGUAGAACAGAGAAUGUUAAAAAUAUUUAUCAAUUAGUUAGUAUUUGGCAAAUUAAUAUAAAUGCGGCAAUAGAAUUUGAGACAGACUGA